UAGGAGCAGAUGAGGUCGGACAUGGCUGCUGAUCGGGUCGGGGACGGCGGCGGCUCCUCAGGCGAUGGGGGCGGGUUCAGGUUCCCGGAAUACGAGAUCCCGGAGCUGAACACGAAGCCCUUCUUCGUGAAGGCUUUGGGGAACCUGUGGAAGGAAAGGCUUCUUGGGGCCCGUGACUUCUCUCUGGAGCCGCCGGCUACCGGCAGCCCGGACGGGGCCGGAGCCGGCGAGGAAGAUGCGGCCGUGGCCGAAGACUUGGGCUGCAGCCUAGAGACCGCGACCGAGCUGAGCCUCGUGUGUGGCUUGGAUAAGUUGAAGUAUUGUGAAGAAGAGGAUGAUCCAGAAGUCAUUCCUGAAGACACCAACCUAGUGACUUUGGGACUUAGAAAGAGGGCCUUGGAGCAUCGAGAAGAAACCAUAACAGUAGAUCGUAUCUGCAGACAAGAAACCUUUGCCUAUGAGAUGGAAUCACAUGCCAUAGGAAAGAAGCCAUCAAAUCCAGCAGACCUAGUUAAUGAAGGAGAACUUAUUUUAACUCUGAAUAUCUUCUAUCCUGUUAUAUUUAGUAAGCAUAAAGAACGUAAACCCUAUCAAACCCUACUGGUGUUGGGCAGUCAAAAGCUCACAGAACUCAGAGAUUCAUUUUGCUGUGCCAGUGACCUUCAGAUUGGAGGAGAGUUCAGCAGCACACCUGACCAGGCACCUGAGCACACCAGCAAGGAUCUUUACAAGUCAGCUUUCUUUUAUUUUGAAGGAACAUUUUACAAUGAUAGAAGAUACCCUGAAUGUAGAGAUUUGAGCAGAACAAUUAUUGAGUGGUCAGAAUCCCAUGAUCGAGGAUAUGGCAAGUUCCAGUCUGUUAAAAUGGAAGAUUUUACUUUCAAUGACCUCUACAUUAAAUUAGGUUUUCCUUACUUGUAUUGUCACCAGGGAGACUGUGAGCAUGUUGUCAUCAUCACAGAUAUAAGACUUGUACAUCAUGAUGACUGCUUGGAUAAGACGCUUUAUCCCCUACUCACCAAGAAGCACUGGUUGUGGACCAGGAAAUGUUUUGUUUGUAAAAUGUAUACAGCCAGAUGGGUAACCAACAAUGACUGCUUUGCACCAGAGGACCCUUGUUUCUUCUGUGAUGUUUGUUUCCGGAUGCUCCAUUAUGAUUCUGAAGGCAACAAACUGGGAGAGUUCCUUGCUUAUCCUUAUGUUGAUCCUGGAACUUUUAACUGAAGACAAAACAGAAAUACUACAAAAGUAGUUUUGUUGAAUGGUUGUUUGGAAUGACUGCAAUGCUCCUCAGAAAUGUCACUUUUUGAAUGCCUCAGGUGUCUUAGGCAGAAAUAUUAAAAUUGAAAAGAAAAAUUGGGUUAUAACCCAAUUUAGCUGUUAACUUUAUUUAUUCUUUGGGUAUGGUAUAUGAAACUCAGAAUAGUCUUUGUUACUCUUUUACAUUUCUUUUUUUUCUUUGAGCUAACCACAUAGUGGUCCCAGGCAACCUGUAUCUCUGCUAUAGUCAUUCUUUUCAAGUUUCAAGUCAUAAAAAUUAAGCCCACUUAAGAUUACUUCUUUGACCCACCGAACUGGAGCUCAAGAGAAAGUGAAGGUAAAUAUGUUUCAAAUGUGUUAAAGACCUUUAGGGGCAAGAGGUGUUAGGGUGAGAAAGGGGAUGCAAAUCCAGUCUUGUAAAAUCUUUUAGUGCCUCAGUGAUUUUUUUUGUCCUUGCUGUUCAACACUUAUUUUAUUGAUUUGGAAGGUAAAUGGCAGAACUUCUUUGAAGCAGUGUCAAUCAACAUUUUUCAUUUGAUUUUCGCUAAGAUUUAAAAAAUUUUGUUAACAGUACACUUAAUACAAGUGAUUGAUUCACUUCAUACCAGUGAAUCAAAUGUAAUACAAACCUUCAUUGAGGAGUUAAUUAAACAGCACAAUGUUGAACAAAUGCAAACCACAUUUUACCAAUUUUAAUGUUCUUAUUACGAGUAAAUUACUGGUUUUGUGUAUAAGUUUCAUCUAUUCUUGGCUUUUUUGUGCUUCCCCCUCUCACUAGUUCUCAUUAUCUUUAUCCUAUUAAAAAUUAUUGAGGAUCUCUCCAAAGCGGUUUUUUAAAAUCUGGAUUAUAUUUAUAGACAUUUACCAUAUUGGAAAUAAAAACUACUUUUGAAUUUGUAGACCCUCUAAAAGGGUUUCAGAAAUCUCCAGGAUUCUCUAGACCAUACCUUGAGAACCAUUGCACUAGAUAGUAGGCAGUUUGACAAGGUCAAUCAGAAUAGUAUUAUUAGUAUGCAGAAAUUUUGGCUUGAAGCAUCAGUUUUAAUUUUUUAAAACUUAUUUAUGGAGUCCUUAGGCUUGGGAAAAAUUCAGAACAACUCUGAAAACAUCACAUUGUUUCACCUUUUUUGUAUGUGGAAAUGUCCUUGUCUUGAGUUUGGAAAAAUGUGUGCAAAUCUUCAUUUUCUCUUGUCUAGGUUAACAUUAUAAAAAUAAAAAAAGCUACAUUUUACACCUGGAUAUUUGGGAACAACUCUACUCCUUAAGAGAAGCUCAUCAUACAUAUGUAAAAGGUUGGUGAUUAUAUGAACUUUGUAUAGGUUCAUUAUGUCUUAACCCAGUUUCAUCCUAUUUUAUCUUAUUUGCAGUAAUUAUAAGGAAAAAAAGCAACUUAUAAUUAUUUCUACUGUGUACAAAGGUUGGGUUAUUUUAAGUUAUUACCACCCAAACAAUAUUCAGAAAAUGAACCUUGAUAUGUUGUAAAGUUUGAAUUUUAUAAAAAAAGUUUCUACCAAA